AUGAAAAGAGUGAUUGUGUUUAGAAAUGGGUCUGAAGUCGAUGGUAAAGUGUUGCUAAUUACUCAUUCCUUGGAAGAAUUGCUUAAUGCUGCUGGGAAUAAAUUUAAUAUAGCAGCUAAGAGAAUUUUCACAGCUAAAGGUGGAGAAAUCGAUGACAUAAAAUUAAUUAGGGAUGAUGAUAUCCUUUAUGUAUCUGCUGGUGAAGGAUUUAUUCCUCUUGGUCCAGCAGCUGGAGAAGGUAAUGCUAUAGCUCAAACAGAAUCGAUUAAAGGAAAAAUCAAGAAUUCGCAUUGGGUUACUUUAAAUGUCGGUGGUAAAUACUUUACCACUUCUAGGAGUACUCUUGUUACGAAAGAACCUAAUAGUAUGCUAGCGAGAAUGUUUGCUGAAGGGGACAAUGGCUAUCUUAUGACUCCGAGCAAUGUUGAUAGCCAAGGAGCAUAUUUGAUAGACAGAAGUCCGUCAUAUUUUGAACCAAUUUUAAACUAUCUGAGGAAUGGACAGCUUAUAUUUGAUUCCAAUGUUAAUCUCGAAGGAAUUUUGGAGGAAGCUCGAUUUUUCGGUGUCGAAAGUGUCAUCCCACAACUGGAAAACCUUAUAGCUGGUUCUCAGCAAGCGAGGGAUAACUUACCCCUUUCUAGAAGGGAUGUUAUUAAUGCGUUAAUAAUGACACCCUUUAAUUCAGAACUUAGAUUUCAAGGAGUCAAUUUGGCUGGAUCAGACUUAUCAAGGCUUGAUCUUAGAAAUAUUAAUUUCAAGUACGCUUGUCUUCAUGGAUGUCGUAUGAAUGGAGCUAAUUUAAGCUGGUGUUGUUUAGAGAGAGCUGAUUUAUCUCAUGCAGUUCUAGAAGGAGCACAACUUCUUGGUGUUAAAAUGUUAUGUGCCAAUUUGGAAAGCGCAAACUUGCGAGCCUGUAAUUUUGAAGAUCCUGCAGGGACAAGGGCUAAUAUGGAAGGAGUGAACUUAAAAGGUGCAAAUUUAGAAGGAAGUAAUAUGGCAGGAGUAAAUCUUAGGGUCGCCACGCUAAAGAAUGCAAAUCUUAAAAACUGUGAUCUCCGAGCUGCCGUCCUGGCUGGUGCUGAUUUGCAGUUCGACAAGAGUGUCAGUAAGGAGUUCAGAUAUAACAUUAAUUGUGAUCUGUCUGGAAGCGACUUGCAAGAAGCUAAUCUCCGUGGUGCUAAUUUGAAAGAUGCAGCAUUUGAAUUGAUGCUUACUCCCCUUCAUAUGUCCCAGACCAUUCGUUAA